AGAAGCAUGUCGUCGACAUUGAAAGAUCUCGUUUCUUCUAGCAUCAGGAGCGGUUCAGAUGCGGGAGAGAAUGAUGAUGAAGUGGAGUUGCAGUGGGAUGCGAUCGAAAGAUUACCCACUUUCAAGCGGAUAAGAACAUCAUUGUUUGAUAACAAGUUGUUAAACGAUGGCAAAGGAGAGGCAGGCAACAGGGUGAUACACGUUACUGAGCUUGGAGCUGUGGAACGCCAUGUUUUUAUUGACAAAUUGAUAACCAUAAUCGAAGAGGACAAUCUCAGGCUGUUAAAGAAACUUAAAGAAAGAAUAGCCAGGGUGGGAUUGGAAAUGCCAACCAUCGAAGUGAGAUUCAAGAAUUUGUCUGUGGAAGCAGAGUGUAAAGUGCCCAACAAAAAGCCCCUUCCUACUAUUUGGAACACCAUCAGAAACACAUUCUCUGCUAUAAUAAAUGUUAAUAGAUGCAUGUCUCAACCAAACAAGAUCAAAAUUCUCAACGAUGUCAGCGGCAUCAUCAAGCCUUCCAGGAUGACUUUGUUGCUUGGCCUUCCGGGCUGUGGAAAAACUACUUUGUUACAAACACUUGCAGGGAAGCAUGACCUAUCUCUCAAGGUCUCAGGGGAAAUCUCUUACAAUGGUUACAAGCUCAAUGAAUUUGUUCCUCAGAAAACGUCAGCUUAUAUAAGUCAAUAUGACUUGCAUAUUUCUGAAAUGACUAUAAGAGAGACACUUGACUUCUCAGCACGUUGUCAGGGUGUUGGGAGCAGAGCAGAUAUUUUGAAAGAACUCAGUACACGGGAGAAGCUACAUGGCAUCAUCCCUGAACCAGAUAUAGACACCUACAUGAAGGCAAUUUCAGUAGAAGAUUUAAAGAGAACACUCCAGACAGACUAUUUAUUAAAGAUCCUAGGACUGGAUAUUUGUGCUGAUAAGAUCGUGGGGGAUGCAAUGAACAGAGGAAUCUCUGGCUGUGAAAAGAAAAGGCUGACAACAGGGGAAAUGAUAAUUGGUCCAACCAAAGCUCUCUUUAUGGAUGAAUUAUCAACAGGUUUAGAUAGCUCCACGACCUUUCAAAUUGUAACCUGUCUACAGAAAUUGGCCCACAUAAUAGGGGUCACAAUUUUAAUUUCACUUCUUCAACCAGCUCCGGAGACCUUUGAUCUCUUUGAUGACAUUAUCUUAAUGGCGGAAGGGAAGAUUGUAUACCACGGACCUCGGAGUGAUGUUCAAUAGUUCUUUGAACAUUGCGGCUUUAGGUGCCCACCACAGAAAGGCCUCGCUGACUUCCUGCAAGAAGUACUCUCCAAGAAGGAUCAAGCACAGUACUGGUAUCAUAUGGGCAGACCUCAUAGUUAUGCUUCUACUGACAAAUUCAUAGCUGCAUUCAAAGAGUUUCAUGCAGGAAAGAGGCCAAUCGAAGAACUCUGCACGCCUUUCAACACAACUGAGGAUCACAAAAAUGCUUUGUCAUUUAACAUCUGUUCAUUGGGAAAAUGGGAAUUAUUCAAAGCAUGCUUAGCUAGGGAAUGGCUUCUCAUGAAGCGUAACUCAAUUUUUUAUGUGUUUAAAUCAGCACAGCUUGUUUUUUUGGCACUGAUAACCUUGACUGCGUUUAUACGCGCUCGGAUGAAGAUUGAUGAGUUCCAUGCAAGCCAGUACAUGACUUCUUUAUUUUAUGAUCUUUUGAGACUUAUGGGCAAUGGAAUGUCAGAGUUGGCAUUUACUAGUUCCAGACUUGGCAUAUUCUACAAGCAAAGAGAUUUGUGCUUCUAUCCUGCAUGGGCUUAUUCAAUUCCUUCAGCUAUUCUAAAGAUUCCAUUUUCAUUCCUUGAUGCUUUUCUCUGGACAUCUCUUGUAUAUUAUACGAUUGGCUAUAGUCCAGAACCAGAAAGGUUUUUCCGUCAACUAUUCCUCCUUUUCCUUCUUCAUCAAGUUGCAAUCUCAAUUUAUCGUUUGAUUGCCGCGGUAUUUCAAAACCCAUCCGCUGCGGCAAUUUUUGGUGAAUUUACGUAUGUGAUGACGGCAUUAUUCAGUGGUUUCAUAGUACCCCAACCAUCAAUGCCUAGUUGGAUAAAAUGGGGUUUUUGGAUUUCCCCACUCUCAUAUACAGAAAUAGGAAUCGCCGUUAAUGAAUUUCUGGCUCCUAGGUGGCAAAAGGUUUCAUCUUCAAAUGAGACUUUAGGGCAUCGGGUUCUAAUAAAGCGUGGACUAAACUUCGGUGAAUACUUCUACUGGAUAUCAGUAGGAGCUUUGAUAGGAAUGUGGAUUCUUGUUAACGUUGGAUUCACCUUAGCCCUAAGUUAUUUAAAACCUCCAGGGAGAUCUCGGGCUAUUGUUUCUCAAGAAAGGUUCUCUUAUCUAAAAGGAAAAGAAGAUUUGAGCAAUUCUAAUUCCAUACAGGAAAACAAACAGCCUGUUGUUGAGUCUUUGAAUGAUACUGCAACAACAGAAAUUACAAGGAUGGUUUUUCCUUUUGAGCCCGUAACACUAUCAUUUCAUAACGUGCAAUACUUUGUCCACACUCCCAAGAAACUGAGGGAGCAAGGGUUCCCAAAUAAGAAACUACAUCUUCUUCGAGAUAUUUCUGGUGCAUUUAGGCCUGGAGUUCUUACUGCUUUGAUGGGUACUAGUGGAGCUGGCAAGACAACACUGACGGAUGUUCUAUCUGGAAGAAAAACUGGAGGCUAUAUUGAAGGGGAUGUAAGAGUUGGAGGAUACCCUAAAGUCCAAGAGACAUAUGCCAGAGUAUCUGGGUACUGUGAGCAAACUGAUAUACACUCUCCGUAGGUAACAGUACGGGAAUCGUUGAUGUACUCAGCUUGGUUACGCUUACCAGCAGAGAUUCCUAGGCAUAAAAGAUUGGAAUUUGUGGCGGAGGUUCUUCAAAUGAUUGAGCUUGAUGAAAUCAAAGAUGCUUUAGUUGGCGUCGCUGCUGUCAGUGGUCUAUCAGCAGAGCAGCGCAAACGGCUAACUAUAGCAGUAGAGCUUGUUUCUAAUCCAUCAAUAAUAUUUAUGGACGAGCCAACCUCCGGUUUAGAUGCCAGAGCAGCUGCUAUUGUCAUGCGAGUGGUGAAGAAUAUAGUUAGUACUAGGAGGACAAUUGCAUGCACUAUUCAUCAGCCAAGUAUAGACAUAUUGGAGGCAUUCGACAAGGUUAUUUUGAUGAAAAGAGGAGGUCAAAUAAUAUAUUCUGGAGAGCUUGGUCAGUAUUCUAGUAAGCUUAUUGAAUACUUUGAGGGAAUACCAGGGGUACCAAAAAUAAAAGAAAAUUACAAUCCAGCAACAUGGAUGUUAGAGGUCACAAAUCCUUCUGCUGAAGCCCAACUUGGAGUGGAUUUUGCCCAUCUCUACAAAGAAUCUCAUCUUUACCGGAGAAACAAAAAACUGGUCGAAGAGCUGAGAGUUCCAGCACAGGGUUCAAAGGAACUACGUUUUAAUACACGCUUUCCACAAAAUGGAUGGGAGCAAUUGAAAGCAUGUCUUUGGAAGCAACAUUUGUCCCAUUGGAGAAACCCCUCAUAUAACUUGGGGCGCUUAAUUUUCACUAUGUUAUCUUCUUUGUUUUAUGGAGUGCUUCUUUGGCAAAAAGGGCAAAAAGUAGAAAAUGAGCAGGAUUCCAUCAACAUAAUGGGAUCAAUGUAUAUCUUCAUGAUAUCUACCGGACUAAGCAACUGUAUAUCAUUUCUUCCUCUCAUAGCUACUGAGCGGACUAUUAUGUACGGAGAAAGGUUUGCUGGAAUGUACUCGUCCAAGGCAUAUUCAUUAUUGCAGGUGAUAAUUGAAAUUCCAUAUAUCUUCCUUGAAGCAGUUUUGUUCUUGACAAUUUCGUACCCGGUGGUCAACUUUUAUGGAUCAGCUUACAAAGUAUUUUGGUACUUCUAUACCAUUUUUUGUACAGUGCUCAACUACAAAUAUAUGGGCAUGGCGAUUGUUUCUUUGACUGCAACUUACCAAAUGGCCUCAAUAUCAGCAAGUUACUGUAUCACGUUGGUGAAUUUGUUCUCCGGUUUUCUCAUACCAGAACCUGUAAGCCUACUGAUCUAUAUAAAGUGGUGGGUUUGGCUCUAUUGGAUUGUCCCAACUUCUUGGACUCUGAGAGGUCUCCUCACUUCACAAUAUGCAGAUAUAAAUCAGGAAAUUACAGCAUUUGGGGAGCGCAAAACUAUCAGCGCCUUCUUAGAAAGCCGCUAUGGGUUCAAGAAUAAGGAUUUACCCCUCACAGCUGUUCUGCUAAUAGCUUACCCGCUUUUAUUUGCUUCUGUUUUUAUAUAUUUUAUGGCUAAGCUAAACUUUCAAAGGAGGUAAACCAACGUGCUAGCUUCUGAAUUCAUUCUUAUGUCAUGCAUCUUCUGUAAUCUUUACCUUUUAAUAUAAAAGACAUGCUUAAGAAUUCAAAGCAUGAUUGAAAAUUUCAGCAAUAAAUUUAAUGCACUUGAUUUCCCGAAUCUCUCAAAAAGUGUACCUGCCAUGUGCUCCAUGAAGUAGGGUUGGUUGUUUCACAGGUGUUUAAUUCAAGCAUCCUCAAAACAAGUUAAUUAUUCUGCAUUAACCUAUCAAAUACAAACGCUGAGGGAAAAUUUGUUGAACUUCAGCAGCUUUAAUAUUACUGUAAUUCACACUCAUCUAUGUAUGCUUUAAUUAUAGUUUAUUUACUGGUUUUCACUUUCCAAUUAAAAUUUGUCAUAAAAACCAGAGAGCUGGCACUAAAUAUACCGAAAAUUAUGCAACUGAAACACUUCUAAUCAAUCAUCAGGGGCAUUGUCAUUGCCAUUUUAACGAACAGUUAAGGGGCAUGAAUUAUUUUAUUGCAAUGUAAUGUGAAAAUGUUUAAAAAAGAAAAAGAGUGUAAAAAUGCUCGCAGAAGAAGAAUCUGUCUUCACGUGAAUUAUCGCUCUGGCAAUUGGUGGGUCAUUCUUCACAAAUUAGCUCUGCUGCAUUUGCCUGCGAAGAAGAGAUUUUUCUCUGAACAUGUUAGAAUUUGGACGGAACAUUACAGGACUUCUUUGGGGACUGUGGCCUUUGGCUUAUUCUUAGUGCACUUUCUUUGUUUUGUCCACAAUUACCAAACCAUUCACGGGACACAGCUGGAGAAAAAUGUCACACCAUCCGUAAAUCUAUCUUCCAAUCAGAAAUCAAGGAGUGUUGAUAUCCUUUUAAAGUUUCACCCAGAGGAAAAACACAAUAAAAACUGAAUUGUUGUUUGGUUGAG